GAUCGAUGACAGAUUCAGUGUUUUGGGAUUUUUAGAAUAGUAAAUAAAUUCAGUGUAAUUAGCCUUGAUCUCACGAAUUUUAAAAUUAUCUAAUAGGGGCUUGAUAAAAGUUUCGUGUCUACUAAAAUGUCGAACAGCCGUAAUAAAUACGAGAAGGCUAGACGACGAUUAGCUGCUGUAACCUUUUUAUCAAAUAUAUCUCUUGAUGGCUCUUUUAGAGAUACGGAAUUAUGCCAGAUUUCUAAUAAAUCAAAGCAAGAUAAAACUGAUAGCGGCCAGAAAUCUGGUGAUGCCACCCAACAUGAUAGUAGUAGUGGUGUGAAGAGCGUUACUCGUAACCGCAACAAAUUGCCGCAAUGCAGUCCAGUCCAUCGCAUUGGAAUCGACAAUCACUCUAUUAGCUCAGAUUCUGAAUAUAAUAGCACUAUUACUCCUAUUAAAGGCGCAAUACAUCACUCUUUCAGAGAUAGGUGUUCGUCAGCUUCAGAAAAGUUUGCUUCCCGAACAAAAAAACAUCUUGUAUCUAUAGCUGGCAUUACUACAGAUGAUAAGAGCAGCUCUGAGAGUUUGACCUUUGGCCGUUUCCGUGCAAGUAAUCCUAGCAUACCAGAAAAUCAUGCAUCAUAUAUAAAUGAAGUUCGUUUUGUGCGUCCAACUAAAGGUGUAACAUUCAAAGAUGAAAGAAUUGCAUUUGCACUGGGCAAAGGGGUUCCUUUGGUAGUGUUUAGUACUAUACCAUAUUCAAAAACUAUCAAAACUGCUCGUGCUGAUCUUAGGAAAGAUGGAGGGCGUAGGCGAAACACCUCUGGCACAAGGCCUCUAUCUUCAAUUACUGACAAUGGAGUGGAUCCAUUUGAUCUUCUUGGCUUGGAGAGAGAAGAGAAUGGCCAAGAAAUUUCAUACUCAAAACUAUUGGUACCAUCCAGAGUUUGUACCCGAGAACAAUACAGGAAAAUGUAUGAAGGGGACUUUCAUGAUAAACCCAGUUGGAAAGUGAUGAACCGACACCCUCAUGUUAUAGCUAGGACUAAGUUAUUGACGAGGCACAAGGAUAAAAAAUGGUGCUUCUCAUAUGAGUCGUCUCAGAGGACUACAAUGGCGGCGUCGCCUCCACACUCGUCAAUCGACAGUAAAUCAUUUGACUGGGAUGAAACGACCAUGCGCUCAAAAAAAUAUGUUACAUACUGUCCUAACGUCCUCGAUGAUCCGGAACUAAUCGCCGGUAAACAUAGGACCCUUCUAACGUUUACGUCUUAUAUGACUUCUAUAAUUGACUACGUGCGGCCGCAAGACUUGAAGAAGGAAUUAAAUGACAAGUUUAGAGAGAAGUUCCCGCAUAUUAAACUUACGCUUAGUAAAUUAAGAAGCAUAAAAAAAGAAAUGCGCAAGAUUGCAAAGCAUGACAAUGGCGGCAUUGAUCUACUGUCCGUCGCACAAGCUUACGUGUACUUCGAGAAGUUAAUUCUUGCAAAUCUAAUAAACAAAGAUAACCGAAAACUUUGUGCCGGCGCAUGUUUACUGCUGUCGGCGAAACUAAAUGACGUUAAAGGCGAACAGUUGAAGGCGCUCAUAGAGCGCAUAGAGACAACAUUUCGUAUCAACCGGAAAGAUCUGAUGCGGUUCGAGUUCGCUGUGUUAGUAGCACUGGAGUUUGGCUUGCAUGUACCAUUGUACGAAGUUUUUCCACAUUACCAGCGACUGCUGCACGAGUCGUGACCUUGGCGUAGACUGGCCCUGGAUCAAUGCGCGCGACACUUGCGGCACGGCCACCGCAGGCGCGCCAGCAUUGUUGAGAAUCUACGUGUUAGUUCUUGGUUGUAAAACAGACUAGAAUCAAUCGUUAUUCGUGUGAAGUGAACCCAAAUUUACAGCCUGCUAGAAGGCACAAGCCUGAUUGGCUUUGAUUGAUUGGCUGCGUAAGAAAUCUAGUAGUCAUAUCGUAAGAUAAUAAAUGGUGCCAAAGACAAGCGAGACAGGUAGGUACUGAUACAAUUUGUACCGUGAAUUUGUACCCAGACGACCUAUAAAAUGUUAGAAAGUUGUUUUUGUGUCUGUGCUGUAAAUUUUGCCUAAUUUAAAUGUUCCUAAAGCAGAUAUUGAAAAACUUAGCCAACUUAUGUAAACAUAAUACGUAAAUGAAUAUGUUUGUUUCUAUUGCGUUUACUAGGAGUAACUUCUCUUAGGUAAGGUGUGUAUGAUAUUGUUUGUCUGUAAAAAAGCUAGCACAAAAUGGCGUAGAGAGGCUAAUAGUUAUUAGGGAUUGUUAACGCUUAGCUGCAUAUACUCAAUGUAAUAUUAACGUAAACGUAACGUAGUAACGUAAAGUGUAUGAUUAUUUAAUACAUAACAUAAGCCCGCGACCAUAUCCCAAAUGGAUUAGUCAGAGGUCUAUUUAACGGUACUUUUUUAAUGCUACUGUUUUGCGUCGUUUUGGAACAAAGCUUAGACCUGUACAAAUGCUUGCAGUUUCUGUGUAUUCCUAAGUAUUUCAUCCUCCUGCGCUUAUCCUAUUCAAAGUGGGGUCGGCACAAAGUAUUCAUCCAUGCAUCUCUGUCAGUUUCAGUACCACACCAACGAUUUCAUGGGUUACCCCCUACCUACUAUCCAUCUAUAUGCACAUUCAUUUUGUAUUCCUAAGUAAUUUAAUAGUACCUACUAUAAAUGCAUUUUCAAUCUAAAAUAUGCUCAAAAUACUUAUAUAUAUAUCGUCUUAUGAAAAGUACGUAAACGCCUUUUUAAAAAAAAAUCACACACAGAUGUAAUUUUUAUGUACAAAACCUCGCAAUAGACGAGCUAGUUCAAAUCCAGGUAAAAAAAUGUAGUCUCAAUGAAGGACUUUCCACGCUGCGUUCCUCAAUAACAAUAUAGAUGGCACUGUUCAGUUUUUUCUUCGUUUAACCUUCUAAUUUCAUGGAUAACAGGCAUAUGCAUCUUUCAUUUGUUUUUGGGUAUCAAUAAUGAGCCUUGUUAUAAACCCAGGCACAAUUACAUUUUCCACCCAUUAUUAUUCCAAUCAAAAUAAAGUGAAGCAAUAUAGGUAGCAACAUAAUUAUAAACAAUAUAAUCUGAUCCAAAUGUCAAGCAACAAUUAUUUUUUGUUAUGCUUCUGCCAUUUACAUUGUAUUUUUGAAUAAUUAUGUUGGUACCCGAGCAAUGAGAGAAUAGGUAAUUUUACCAAUUUUCGUAUUAAAACUGUACAACGCGAUUGUGAAUUUUUGAGGAACAUAGCCUAGUUCGAGGUUUUGUUGGAGAAAACUACAACAGACCGUGAUUAUUUAAAAAGACGCUUGCGUGGUUUUCAUUAUAAGAAAGGCGCCGAUACACGGUGUAAGAACUCGUUGAGAAAUACUUUUCGAAGUAUUGUAGUGGUAGCGAAAAGUAUAAUAUAGAGCGUGUAUAAAACUGUGAUAUAGACGUUAUACAGUAGAGUGAUGAACACAAUACAGCCGUCUGAUGAAAUCUGCGGCUUUGGUAGUAUUAUUUAAAAAGUAAGGCCAGUAGUCACGUUUGUAGCAUAUUUUUAUAAAUUAUAUAGAGUAUAGUAUUCGCCCGUCUAAUUAAUAAAAAAUAAGUAUAACAAACACGUUAUAUAUUUUAUUAUAUAUUUCUUGUAUUUAAGUAUUUUACUUUGCAAAAGUUUCCUCAGUCGUGCAAUAAUACAGUAAUGUACGUAUAUGGAUUGUUAAUUGCUCAAAUUCAUCUUAAUAUUACAUAACAUAUUAUAUUAUUCUUCUGUAUAAUUUUAUACGUAAUCCAUUACGAUUGUAGAGAUCUCAUGUUUGUUGAGUCUAACUAAGCAAGUAGAUACUACAUACGUAAAAAACCCAAUUAUUCAAAGCCCCAAAGUUGAAACGAAUUUGUCAAAAUAAAUAAAUUGUUUACUUCGAAUGAAAGCACAUUAUAUCCAUAUAUUAUGUUAGUAAAACAGUGAAAAAUAUUGUUAGUAAUUUAAUUAUAAUAAUUAUGCAAUAAUAGGGUAUUUUCCAAAUAGUCAAAUCAGUUACUUUUUACUAAACGUCAAAACACGAAAUUAAUAUCGAAUUUGUAUGAAAAAGCAACCUGUGACGUCAUAGAAAAACGUGACAAAAUGUCGCAAUUAUUAUUACAUUUUUCUUUAUUAAAAUUCAUAAAUAAGUUAUAUAUAGAAAAAAGAAAACGUUUUUUGUUACCGUUACUGUCUUUAUUUAGAAAGAAUAAGAAUAAAAUAAAUUUAUUGCCAGUAACAAUUAGUAAUCAGAAUUUCAUAAAUCAUCUUUGACCUAGGAAACUACCCAAUUGUAGUAGUGAAGUAGAAUAACCUUCACGAGAACGGCUAAGUUCCCGUGAUCGUCAAAACCCUACGCACAAAACACCUCCAGAACGGUGAUGUGUACUGGGGGGUCAAAAUGGCCACAUUGAAGCAAUUCAUCUAAGAAAAGUAAUGUUGCAUUUUGACAUUUGCGCAUAAAAGGUGCGCAAUGCAUGGUGGUUCGAUGUGGUCAUUUUAACCCCACUGAUCAGCUCAGGUUUUCUUUUACCAUGGAUCAGCUAAUGUCACCAGGAAUGCUGUUGUGUUAUCAAAGUGUGAUUAGCUGUUGUGUUAUCAUAUUUAUUUGAACGUCGUUCCGUAUAGGAUGUGUGAGUUAGUUUAAUGUUAUUAUACCUAAAGUUACGUUUUUACUUGCGCAGCAGUGCUCUCGUUAUUGUAGGAUUAGGUAAGUUUGUGUGAUGAACUUAUUGAGUAACCCAUUGUUAUUUGAAAUCAAGUUAAUACAUUUUGUUGGAAUAAAUAUUUAUUAAAAAAUUGA